AGUCACAUGAGUGUGUGAUGUCCAAUGAAGGCGCCUCUCCUCUCCUCCCGGCGCAUAAAGCGGACUCACUCACACACACUCAACAUGGGCGAGCGGGGACGGUGCAGCAGCUGAACACCAUCUCACACAACUUCACACACUCCAUCUCCAUCUCCAACUCGUGUGCGCGCGCGCGCGUGUGUGUAUAUGUAUGUAUCUAUGUGCGUGUGUCUGUUUGGACACGUCCGGAGCUGCUGAGGAGCGUCGCCGUCUUUUUCCUUAUACACACAACACACACUGAGUCCAAUGCUGGAGGCGCAAAGUAAAGUGUCCGCAGGGUCAGUGAUGGAGUUCACCACCGAAGAGGAUUUAGAGGAGUUGUGUCCUGUGUGCGGGGACAAAGUGUCCGGUUACCACUACGGCCUGCUCACGUGCGAGAGCUGCAAGGGCUUUUUUAAGCGCACGGUGCAGAAUAAUAAGAGCUACACGUGUAACCAGAACCAGGACUGCGGCAUCGAUAAGACGCAGCGCAAGAGAUGUCCAUUCUGUCGCUUCCAGAAGUGCCUCAGUGUCGGCAUGAGGUUAGAAGCGGUUCGCGCUGACCGUAUGCGAGGAGGGAGGAACAAGUUUGGCCCCAUGUACAAACGAGACCGCGCUCUGAAGCAGCAGAAGAGAGCUCUGAUCCGAGCAAGCACUUUCAAAUUGGAGCCCAACCCACCGCUAGUUCACUCCAACCAGGCAGAGUAUCCAUUUCCAAGCUCAGUGCCUGGCCUGCUGCCCCCCCUUGGCCCUCCAGACUACGAAUGCCCACCCGUGUGUCCCCCUUCUUUAGGGGUGGCCCUUCAUAGCUAUGGCUCCUUCCCCGCCCAGUAUCAGUACACCACUCCGUCUGUCCCUGGGAGGUCCAUAAAGGCAGAGCAUCCGGACCCAUAUUCCGGUUCUCCGGACUCGUCUCUCGGGUAUUCGUAUGCAGAAGGUUGCAUUCCCGCCUCACCACAGACCAGCCCUCUGAACCCAGCCGUGCCCUCGCUUGUUCUGGAGCUGCUUAGCUGCGAGCCUGAUGAGGAGCAGGUGAGAGCAAAGAUCUGUGCCUACCUGCAGCAGGAGCAGAGUGGGCGUGGCAAGCUGGACAAACCACGCCCCUCCAGCUUACUCUGUGUGAUGGCAGACCAGACACUGUUCUCCAUUGUAGAAUGGGCAAGAAGCUGCAUCUUCUUCAAGGAGCUCAAGGUCGGAGAUCAGAUGCAACUGCUGCAUAACUGCUGGAGCGAGCUCCUGCUUCUGGAUCAUGUCUUUAGACAGGUGCAUCAUGGGAGAGACAAUACACUUCUACUCAUAACUGGACAAGAGGUGGAGCUUGCGGGCGUCGUGUCUGACUCGGGUCUCACUCUCUCGAGUCUUGUGCAAAGGGGACAGGAACUGGCACGGCGGCUGCAGCUGCUCCAGGUCGACCAUCGUGAGAUGGCCUGCCUCAAGUUCCUCAUCCUCUUCAACCCCAACGUGAAGCUCCUGGAGAACCAGGCCCUGGUGGAGAGUGUGCAAGAGCAGGUGAACAGUGCGCUGCUGGAAUACACACUCACCUCGUAUCCUCAGCAUGUGGACAGGUUCAGUCAGCUGGUGCUGCGGCUGCCGGAGGUUCGCACCCUGAGCGCCCAGGCUGAGGAGUACCUGAGCACCAAGCACCUGAGUGGAGAUGUGCCCUGCAACAACCUGCUCAUUGAAAUGCUGCACGCCAAAAGAGCCACCACCAUCUGAACCAGAGGUGUGUGUGUGUGUGUGUGUGUGUGUGUGUGUGUGUGUGUGUGUGUGUGUGUGUGUGUGUGUGUGUGUGUGUGUGUGUGCAUUGGAUCACCACUGAGCUUCGAAAACUUAAGGACACUGAGAGCUUUUCUAUUUCUUAAGUGCUAUUAACUCCGUAUCUGAUGUCGUUCGUGCAUCGUGUGUGGCUACUAGAUAUGUGCCAUCUUUAGUUGCCAUGGAAACCAAUUGAACUUCAUGAUAUUGUUACAAUAUGUAAACAUCGUCUCACAUGGCGGCGAUUACUUCUGUCGUGGUGAACAGAAAUAUGGAAUUGAGGACACACGCCUUCGUUCUUUACCCUGGCUGAAAAUACUGUUACGCCUGUUUCCAUGGUAACAAUAUAACGUAUAUCGCGAUAGACCAUAUUACUAAUUAUCGGCACGUGUCUAGUAGAAAGAUAUCAUUUCCACUUUGGACAGUAAAAUCACUGAACAUUAUAUAGCCACUGUGAGUUCCUAUUUUUUGGUAGUAUUAUGGAAUAUUCUAUGUUUUUGUUUUCUUUUACAUCAGUGCUUUUGCAAUUUCCAUCGCUUUCCCUUUAACAGUCGUAAUGUUAUAAAGGAGGUGAAGUUGUGAAAACACAACCGAAUUUUGCUUGAAUCUUUGAAUACUUUACGAUUCCUUACAGUAUUUUAACGUCGCUAACAAGCGUUUUUUUCCCCAUUACGUGUUUUUGAGACCAGACGCGGCUGUGCAGUGAAUUGAGAUGUGAAGAAUAUUUUCAGCACUUUGACACAAAGUGAACAGUUUUCUAAAUUCCUGAAUUAAUUUCUCAUUCAAGCUCGACUCGCCGGAGAAACUUGCUUUUGUGCGGCUCAUUUUGCAAUAUGUUGCAGAUUCUUAUUUCAAGACCCAUGCGUGUACACGACAGCAAUUUGCUAACAAAUACUAGGCAUUCUUUUUCAGGGUUUUGACUUUUCAGAGUUUUAAUAUCGCAAGGUUUCUCAGAUUUAAUUUGUAAUUGCGUGUUUGUGUGUAAAGAUAAAUUUGUUUUGUUUCUUGUUUUUCAAAUGCAAUUUUUUGUUUUUAGACACACGAUCGUGCACAGUAUCUGUCUGUGUAAAAAAAGUGUGAAAAUAAAAAUCAAGUCGAAAGUUAAAAUUCAAUUGGAAUAAAAUGGAAUUAGAGAGAACCGAGUAAAAAUAAAGAGUUAAAGUAUGUACUUUAAAAUAAAGUAUAAACAACUGCAUAUAAAUACAAUACAAUGACUGAUGAUAUGAAUAUAAAUAUGGUGGUAUAAAUACAGUAUGAAAUCUGUGUUGUCUUUGAUUGGACGUGUAAAUUUAAUUUAAUUUAAUUUUAUUAUUUUUGCGUAAAUGUCUUUUUGAAAAUGACACAGCUCAGCACACAUGGAUUUUGUAGCUUGCCCGUGAUAUACUGUGAGCAUGUGCUAUAGAGUUUAUAAUGCUUAUUACUUCUUUAAAUACUGACGUAACCUUGUGUUCAAAUUUAUGAUACAUUCACCGAAAAGGCUCAAAUGCCCUCAGAUUGAUAAAGGCUUAUAAAGUUUUACAUAUCUAAACCUUUCUUGUCAUUGUAUGAGUGCUUCUGUAUUCUGUUCUUUUGUAUUUUUAUUUAUUAUUUUCUUACGUUCCUACAAUGAAUAUGACCGUUACCUGUUGCUUGAAUAACAACUUCUGCCCAGAAUGACAAGGCAUGCUUUUGAUAUUAUUAUUGAAUUUCGUUUGAGUUUUACUUUUAAAAUAUUUUAUUUACAUGUACACUGAAUUCACUAGAAUAUUGCUGUAACAUAAGUAAUGGUAGACAGUUGAAAAGCCACUCGACUGUUUCAUGCGAAUGCUGUGAGCGAGCUUCAGCUUUAAAUUUGUCCUUGUUGGACAAUCGCAAGUUUGCAUUUUUUUGACGUAAUUUCUAUUUUAUUUAUUGAGUAGAAGCUUUUAUCCACUGAAGAACACAGCAUAGCUGUUUUUUGGUUCCUGUGGCAAAUCUGACACCUGAAUAUUUGCCUCGUUUAAUCCUCGGUAGCAUGAAAUAUUAUAGCAAUUUUGCAGUGAAUAGGUUUAUUCCUUUUGCGUAUGAGAAGUGCAAAUACAAAGUGUCAAAACCUAAACAUUUUUAAGCGCGGUAAAAUCUUAUGCGUUUAUAUUCAAUGUGUUAUUACAUCAAAAAAUCAAUUGGCCAAUCAGGUUCCAGUAUGCAAAUGCACCCCAGAGAAUACUAGUUUAACAUAGGGCAUUUGUGUAUUCAUAAAUUUGGGAUAUUUUGUUGUUUAUAAAAUUGUAUAUAAAAACACUUUUUGUUACAUAAAUAUUUUUCUUUAACUGCCAUGGGGAAAAUCAAUUAUUUAAAACUCUUUAUUUUCUUUAACACAAAUUUCAAUCUGCUGUCUGUAGAGGAGGUAAUGUGAACAUUAACAUGAUCAAAUAUAUUUGUUAUUUGAUUUUUUUUUCUUUUCAUUUCAAGCUCCAUAUAUUUAAGAAGCCAAAACUCUUAUUGUUUUUGCAUCAUAAAUUGAUAGAAAGGCUAAUCAGGUUUAAGUAUGCAGAUGCUCUCCAGGGAACACUAGUAUAAGAUUUGGGGCAUUUGUCUAUUCAUAAAAUCAGGAUUUUUUUUAAACAUAUUUUUCUUGCACACAUUAAAGAAUUUAUUAUAUGAUGCAAAUUUAUUUCCUUCAGAACCAAUUUUGGUGUAAGUGUUAUAAGCAAAAUUAUGAUAUAUAUAUAUAUAUAUAUAUAUAUAUAUAUAUAUAUAUAUAUAUAUAUAUAUAUAUAUAUAUAUAUAUCAAAUUAUAAACAAAUAUUAUCAAAUAUGUUUGUCAUGUGAUCAACAUUUUUUUUUAAUUUUAUUUAUUUAUUAUUUUUCAGGCUCAAUUUUUAAAGAAGCUACAAAUUUCCCAGCCAAAAUGUAUUACAUCAUAAAUUAAAAGGGCCAAUCAGGUUCUAGUAAGCAACACUACUGUAAGGAUGGGGGCAUUUGUCUAUUUAUAAAUCCAGGAUUUUUUGUUUCAGGUAAAUUUGUAUGUGCUUUUUCUCACCUAAAUAUUUUUCUUAAACUGCCAUGUGAAAACGUCGAGUAGUUGUUUACUACAAAGAAAAGAUGUUUAAUUUUCUGCAAAAUAAAGUUAAAUAUUAGUGCUAAUGUUCUAAACAGAAUUCAAUCUGUUUUCUUUAGCGCUGGUAGAGUGAAGCUAAAUAUGCAGGAAAAAAAUGAGAAGAUCUCACUGGAAAGAUUUGUUACGUCAUAAUUUAGAAGGACCAAUCAGCUUCCAGUAUGCAAACGCACUCAAAGGAAUAGUGUAACAUAGAAUAAAGUGUAGAAACAAAAUUCUUUUCAGUGACAGAUACAAGCUCACGGAUCAAAAAGAGGCAAACUUGCGAUGAUAAUGUCAAUAAAACAGAAGGAUGUUGAGUUUAAGCGAGCUCAUGACUGACCAGGACACACGGAGGCGGAUAUGAAUCGAUGCUCUGACGAUGUUACUCAUUUGUGGAUAUGUAAUUUCGGAUCCUUUCUCAACUGCAGUCCAUUAUUUCAUCAACCACCUGCGCAUCCUUUUCAACCCUUCACUCUUUUUAAAACACUGACAAAUACCGUGUUUGAGUGCGUGCGUUUAAAGACGCAGUCAGGAUAGUAGGAGAAUCUGUGCGCCAUAUGUUUUCCAUAUUUCACACAAACCCACGUUCCAUUUCUAUUCAGUUUCAUGCAGCUCGAAGCUCGAGGAUAUUUGUGCACACGCAUCAUGACUGGGACUUUCAUUACAAAAACAACAACAAAAAAAAAAAACAUGCAUUUUCACUCGAGCGUUUGUGUAUUUUUGUGUAGUAACGUGUCGAAAACCACACUUCUCUUUCUCUCUUUUUUUCCUUUAUUUUCUUUGUGGUUUUCCUGGAAGAGUGUAAUU